AUGGUGUACAGCCACCAUGUUUGCGGCUGUGCCCUGGCCACCGGGCUGUCAGCCCUGCUGGUGAUCAGUGCCUCCCUUCCAGAGCUGAAGGACCUGAACAGCUCCAUGACAACCUCUGAGAUGGCCAGGGAGGUCGAGGAGUUGAGGAAGGACUGUGCGAGUUACACAGAGAAACUGGAGAGGAUUAAGUCUGCCACCAACCACGUGACUCCGGAAGAAAAAGAGAAGGUUUGUAGCGAGCAGAAGCUGUACUGCAAGGAGUGGCGGAGGAGGAAGCGAAUGGCGACCGAGCUGCUGGAGGCCAUCCUGGAGGGGUACCCCAAAAGCAAGAAGCAAUUCUUUGAGGAGGUCGGGAUAGAGACAGACGAGGACCAUAAUGUCACGCUGCCGGUGGCUGUGUGA